AUGGAUAUGACACAACUAUUUCCACAUAUUUAUUUCUCAAAAUCAAACACAUUUAACUUUCUUCACCAACAUGGCUCCUCUAACAAACUUGCAUGUAGUCUCCAAAACCUUAGCUCCAAUCACAUGUCUUCUUCCAAAUGCACAAACAAUCCUUAGGAAAGGACAAGUAGUUGUUGGAUUUCUUGGAAGCAAAACAAAGAAAUCAUCAGAAUGUGACUCACUUCACACUACAAGAAGAACAGCUGCAUUAAGCUUUGUUUCUUUAGUCCUUACAUGGCAAUUCAAUGAGAAGAUUUCACUAGCUAAGGAUAAUGGAUUCUGGAUUGAUGGUCCUAUUCCAGAACCAACAGUCACUAAUAAUAUUGCGAAUGAGAAAACGGGGACGCGAUCGUUUAUUAAGAAGAAACUCUACAUGGCGAAUAUUGGAGCGAAAGGAAGUGUUUUUAGGAUUAAGAAAUAUGCGUUUGAUCUUCUUGCAAUGGCUGAUUUGAUUGGACAAGACACACUCAACUAUGUUAGGAGGUACCUAAGACUCAAGUCUACUUUCAUCUACUUUGAUUUCGACAAGGUUAUCUCCGCUGCUCCGGUUGAUGAUAAGCAGCAACUCACUGACAUGGCUAAUAAAUUGUUUGAUAAUUUUGAAAAGCUUGAAGAAGCUUCAAGGAACAAGAAUCUAGCUGAAACACAAGCAUGCUAUAAGGAAACUGAAGUUAUGCUUAAAGAUGUCAUGGACAGGAUGACCAUAAUGUAUAAAACAAUUUGACAUGAUUUUUAUUAAGCUGUGUUAUUAUUGCUCUUAUUAUAAAACCUUUUUUUUUUCUUUUCCAUUUUUGAUUUUUCAUUGUUGAUUGGGAUAAAGACCUAUAUCUUGUAGAUAGAUAAAUGUUAUGCAUAGAUGAAUUUCUACAAAUUGUCAAUUGUAUGAGCUUCAUUAGUAUCAAAAUAUUUAGUCCAUUAAA